GUCUCCUGGUGAAGUUAACAUACGAGGAUGACAGAGAAUGUUAUAAGAGCAAAGUGAGGGGAAAUAAAAAGAUCCUUCUUUGAUUGGAGCAAACACAGAAAUUCACUCUCCCUUCUUCUUCUUCUUAGGGUUUUAGCAAUCCACUCCUAGGGUUUGGUCAAAAUGGUGGUUGACCAUGCUAAGAAAUUGAAGACGACAGUUGAGGAAAACGCAGAUCAAAUUGACACUCAACUUGUUUUCUCCAUUGAGAAACUUCAAGAAGUUCAAGAUGAACUCGAAAAGGUUAACGAACAAGCUAGUGAGGAGGUAUUACAAAUUGAACAGAAGUAUAAUGAGAUAAGGAGGCCUGUUUACGAGAAAAGGAAUGAAGUCAUCAAAUCAAUUCCUGACUUUUGGGUUACUGCCUUCUUAAGUCACCCUGCCCUUGGUGAGCUUUUGAAUGUGGAAGAUCAGAAGAUCUUCAAGUACUUAGAUUCUCUUGAUGUGGAGGAUUUCAAAGAUGUUACAUCCGGUUAUUCCCUUACUUUUAAAUUCAAACCAAAUCCUUAUUUUGAAGAUACAAAACUUGUCAAGACAUAUACAUUCCUUGAUGAAGGAUCAACAAAGAUAACUGGUACGGCCAUUAAGUGGAAGGAAGGCAUGGGUGCGGCAUAUGGCGGUAAUCCUGAGAUGAAAGGAAACAAGCGGCCACCAUCAGAGGAAAGCUUUUUUAGUUGGUUUUCUGAAACUCAGCUUAAAGAUAUUUCAGAUGGGCUUAGUGAUGAGGUGGGAGAGAUAAUUAAGGAGGACUUAUGGCCUAAUCCGCUGAAAUAUUUUAACAAUGAAGCUGAUGAAGAAGGUUCUGAUGGAGAAGAGGACGAUGAAGAGGGAAGCGACGAUGUUGAUGAGGAAGAUGAGGAUGACGGUUGAACUUGCUCUUAGCUCUUUAAUCUACCCCUUCUUCAAAACUUUGCUUAGUUUGGUGUCAUAUAUAAUUCAGUUGUGGCAUAUUCAGCCUUGUAGGUAGCUUUGACAUCGGAUAAGACAGUUAAAAAACCUAUUAUGUAGCUAUCCAACUGCUGGUGGAUUUACCUGGGAUGCAUAUAGUCGUAGAUGCACCAAAACUUUUCAA